ACAGCAAGGAAAUGCACAGUGGAAACCAGACUUCUGUGUCUCACUUCAUUUUGGUGGGCCUGCACCACCCACCGCAGCUAGGGGUGCCGCUCUUCCUGGCUUUCCUGGUCAUCUAUGCCCUCACUGUCUCUGGCAACGGGCUCAUCAUCUUCACUGUCUUGGUGGACACCCGGCUCCACCGCCCCAUGUACUGGUUCUUGUGUCAUCUCUCCUUCUUGGACAUGACCGUUUCCUCUGCCAUUGUCCCCAAGAUGCUAGCUGGCUUUGUCUUGGAUAGCAGGGUCAUCUCCUUUGGAGGCUGUGUAAUCCAACUCUUUUCUUUCCAUUUCCUGGGCUGUACUGAGUGCUUCCUUUACACGCUCAUGGCUUAUGAUCGCUUCUUGGCCAUCUGUAAGCCUUUACAUUAUGCCACCAUCAUGACCCGGAACGUCUGUAAUUACCUGGCUUUGGGCACCUGGCUGGGAGGUACCCUCCACUCACUUUUCCAAACAAGCUUCAUAUUCCGGCUGCCCUUCUGUGGCCCAAACCAGGUAGACUACUUCUUCUGUGACAUCCCCGCCAUGCUGCGUCUAGCCUGUGCUGACAUCACCGUCAAUGAGCUGGUCACCUUUGUGGACAUUGGGUUCUUGGCCCUCACCUGCUUCAUGCUCAUCCUCACUUCCUAUGAUAUAGUGGCUGCCAUCCUGCGAAUCCAGUCCGCUGAUGGGCGCCGCAAUGCCUUCUCCACCUGUGCUGCCCACCUCACUGUUGUCAUUGUUUACUAUGUGCCCUGCACCUUCAUUUACCUUCGCCCUGGCUCUCAGGAACCACUGGAUGGAGUGGUCGCCGUCUUCUACACUGUCAUCACCCCCUUGCUUAACCCCAUCGUCUACACGCUCCGCAACAAAGAGAUGAAGGCAGCAUUGUGGAGGCUGGGAGGUCGCAAGGAUGUGCUGCCUCACUGACUCAGGCAUUGCAGACAUGCAGAAGACACUAGAAUUUCGGG